AUGCAGGACGCGCUGGUGGCCGCCGGCGUGCCGCCGCCCGAGGCCGCCGUCGCCGCCGAGGUGCUCGAGUGGGCGGACUUGCAUGGCGUGUCCACGCAUGGCAUCGGCCGCCUCAAGCCCAUCUAUAUCGAUCGCAUUCUCGCCGGCAUUUUGAAGCCUACCGCCCCGUUCGAGGUCAUCGUUGAGACGGAGACUACCGCCGUGGUUGACGGGCACGGAGGCCUGGGGCUGUACAUCGGGCCCAAAUGUAUGGAUAUGUGCAUUGAGAAGGCGAAGAAGCAUGGCUUGGCCAUGGUCGUCACGAGGAAUAGCACGCAUUAUGGCGCGGCAGGGUACUACGUGGAUAAGGCACAGGAGCACGGGUGCAUCGGGAUUACGGGCACCAAUGCUAGGCCCUCCAUCGCCCCGACGUUUGGCGUGCAGCCGAUGCUGGGCACCAAUCCUAUCACGUUUGGCAUGCCCAGUGAUGACCCGUUUCCGUUUAUCUUGGAUUGUGCUACUAGCGUCAACCAGAGAGGCAAGAUUGAAAAGUACGCGAGGGAGGGCAAGCCCACGCCGCCGGGCCAGGUCGUCGAUCGUGACGGCAACGUCCGGACGGACACGGACGGUAUUCUGAAGGACUUGCAGACGGGCUACUGCUCGCUCGCCCCGCUGGGGGGUGUCGGCACCGACAUGGGAGGGUACAAGGGGUACGGAUACGCGACGGUAGUGGAGCUUUUGUCAUCGGCGUUGUGCAGCGGGACCACGAGCCCGGAUUUGAGCGGCGUGGACAAGGCUACGGGGAACAAGAAGGCGAUGCCGCUGGGCCACUUCUUCAUCGCGAUCGACGUGGAGCGAUUCCUGCCCGUGGGCGAGUUCAAGAACAACAUGGGCAAGUUUUUGCGCCAGCUGCGCGAGUCGGAGAAGGAUCCCAAGGGCCUCGGCAGGAUCUACACGGCCGGAUAG